GGCAGCGGCGGCGGCGGCUUCAUUCCCCCUCCUCCCCCGGGAGCGGCGGCGGCACCCGGGCCGGGGCCCCAGCGCGGGCCGGGAGGGGGCACGCCAGUGGCCGUGGAAGCCAGCGCGGGAGAAGGCCGCGCUGCACUCGCCGGUCCGCGCCGACCUAUUCGACGGCCGGCCAGUCCGCGCCCAGGGGCCCCGAACGGUGGGGCCGGGACGGCGGCUGAGGUCUGUCCCCUUGGUUCCUAGGUGCCAUGAGGAAGCCGCGCCGCAAGUCGCGGAUGAAUUCUGAGGGCCGGCGCUCCCCGUCCCCCUACAGUCUGAAGUGCUCACCCACCCGGGAGACUCUGACAUAUGCCCAGGCCCAACGCAUUGUCGAGGUGGACAUUGAUGGACGCCUGCAUCGUAUCAGCAUUUAUGACCCACUCAAGAUCAUAACAGAGGAUGAGCUGACUGCCCAGGAUAUCACCGAAUGCAAUAGUAACAAGGAAAACAGUGAGCAGCCUCAGUUUCCUGGCAAGUCCAAAAAACCCUCAUCCAAAGGCAAGAAGAAGGAAUCCUGCUCCAAGCAUGCAUCCAGUACUUCCUUCCACCUCCCUCAGCCUAGCUUCCGGAUGGUGGACUCAGGCAGCCAGCCAGAGGCACCUCCUCUGCCUGCUGCCUACUAUCGCUACAUUGAGAAGCCGCCUGAAGAUCUGGAUGCAGAGGUAGAGUAUGACAUGGAUGAGGAGGACCUUGCCUGGCUGGACAUGGUAAAUGAGAAGCGGCGAGUAGACGGGCACAGUUUGGUGUCAGCAGACACCUUUGAGCUGCUGGUGGACCGGCUUGAGAAGGAGUCAUACUUGGAGAGUCGCAGUAGUGGGGCCCAACAGUCACUUGUUGAUGAAGAUGCUUUCUGCUGCGUGUGUCUAGAUGAUGAAUGCCACAACAGCAAUGUCAUUCUUUUCUGUGACAUCUGCAACCUGGCUGUACACCAGGAGUGCUAUGGUGUCCCCUACAUCCCUGAGGGCCAGUGGCUAUGCCGCUGUUGCCUGCAGUCUCCUUCCCGGCCUGUGGAUUGUGUCCUCUGCCCCAAUAAGGGUGGUGCCUUCAAACAAACCAGUGAUGGGCACUGGGCCCACGUGGUGUGUGCCAUCUGGAUCCCUGAAGUCUGCUUUGCUAACACCGUGUUCCUGGAGCCCAUUGAGGGCAUCGACAACAUCCCACCUGCCCGCUGGAAAUUAACCUGCUAUAUCUGCAAGCAGAAGGGGCUGGGUGCAGCCAUCCAGUGCCAUAAGGUGAACUGCUACACUGCCUUCCAUGUGACAUGUGCACAGCGGGCUGGACUCUUCAUGAAGAUUGAGCCCAUGCGCGAGACUAGCCUCAAUGGCACCAUCUUCACAGUGCGCAAAACUGCCUACUGUGAGGCCCACUCACCGCCAGGUGCUGCCACUACUAGGAGGAAGGGUGACUCCCCUGGAAGCCUCAGUGAGGCUGGGGAUGAGGAUGGGCUGAAGGAGGGCUGUGGAGAGGAGGAAGAGAAGGAAAAAGUGGAAGAGGAAGAGGAAAAUGAAGGCCAAGGUGGGGUAGGUGGCUCCCUCAAGGGAGUGCCCAAGAAGAACAAGAUGACUUUGAAGCAAAAAAUUAAGAAGGAGUCAGAGGAAAUGGGCCGAGACACGCCCUCUACUGUCCCUAUGGUUGCUGUCCCACAGAUACCUUCUUACAGGUUGAACAAGAUCUGUAGUGGUCUCUCCUUUCAGAGGAAAAACCAGUUCAUACAGCGGCUUCACAACUACUGGCUGUUGAAGCGGCAGGCACGAAAUGGUGUCCCCCUCAUCCGGCGCCUGCACUCCCACCUGCAGUCCCAAAGAAAUGCUGAGCAGCGAGAGCAGGACGAGAAGACAAGUGCAGUGAAGGAAGAGCUGAAAUACUGGCAGAAGCUCAGGCACGAUUUGGAGCGUGCACGGCUGCUGAUUGAACUGAUUCGGAAAAGAGAGAAGCUCAAGCGGGAGCAGAUCAAGGUCCAGCAGGCUGCAGUGGAGCUGGAGCUGAUGCCAUUCAAUGUUCUGCUAAGAACAACACUGGACUUGCUGCAGGAGAAGGAUCCCGCACACAUCUUUGCCGAACCUGUCAACCUGAGUGAGGUUCCAGAUUACCUGGAAUUCAUAUCCAAGCCAAUGGAUUUUUCUACUAUGAGGCGGAAGCUGGAGUCCCACCUGUACGGCACCUUGGAGGAGUUUGAGGAGGACUUUAACCUUAUAGUUAUCAACUGCAUGAAGUAUAAUGCUAAAGACACAAUUUUCCACCGAGCAGCUGUCCGCCUGCGGGACCUGGGAGGGGCCAUCUUGCGGCACGCCCGGCGGCAGGCAGAGAACAUCGGCUAUGACCCCGAGAGGGGCACCCACCUGCCUGAGUCACCCAAAUUGGAGGAUUUUUACCGCUUCUCCUGGGAAGACGUGGACAACAUCCUCAUCCCAGAGAACCGGGCCCAUUUGUCUCCGGAGGUGCAGCUGAAGGAGCUGCUGGAGAAACUGGACCUAGUAAGUGCCAUGCGGUCCAGUGGGGCCCGUACUCGCCGCGUCCGCCUGCUGCGCCGGGAGAUCAAUGCCCUUCGACAGAAGCUGGCACAGCCACCACCACAGCCACCAUCACUGAACAAGACUGUGUCUAAUGGGGAGCUAUCAGCAGGGUCCCAGGGAGAUGCAGCUGUGCUGGAGCAGGCCCCACAGGAGGAGCCAGAAGAUGAUGGGGACAGAGCAGAUGACUCCAAACUGCCUCCCCCACCAACCCUGGAGCCCACUGGGCCUGCACCUUCCUUGUCUGAGCAAGAAACCCCUCCAGAACCCCCCACUCUGAAACCCAUCAAUGAUAACAAACCUCCAAGCCGAUUCCUAAAGCCCAGAAAGGUGGAAGAAGAUGAGCUCUUGGAAAAAUCACCUCUGCAGCUAGGGAGCGAGCCCUUGCAAUGCCUGUUUGGUGACAGUGGCAUCAACAGAGUGUCCCUCAUGGCUCCUGAUACCUCCACCAGUGCUCCACUCAGUGGCGUGGGCCGCCGCACAUCAGUACUCUUCAAGAAGGCCAAGAAUGGGGUUAAGCUACAGAGGAGCCCAGAUGGGGCUCUGGAGAAUGGCGAGGACCAUGGUGCAGUGGGCUCUCCGGCCUCUCCCUCCAGCAUUGAGGAUGAGCAACACUCCCGGAAGCGGCCAAGGAGCAGGAGCUGUAGUGAGAGUGAAGGGGAGAGGUCCCCCCAGCAGGAAGACGAGACAGGCGUGACCAACGGCUUUGGAAAACACACCGAAAGUGGUUCUGACUCGGAAUGCAGUUUGGGUCUCAGUGGUGGACUGGCAUUUGAAGCUUGCAGUGGUCUGACACCCCCCAAACGCAGCCGUGGGAAGCCAGCCUUGUCUCGAGUGCCCUUCCUGGAAGGUGUGAAUGGAGACUGUGACUACAGUGGCUCAGGCAGAAGCCUCCUGAUGCCCUUUGAAGACCGCGGAGACCUGGAACCCCUGGAGCUGGUGUGGGCCAAGUGCCGAGGCUAUCCCUCCUACCCUGCCUUGAUCAUCGAUCCCAAGAUGCCCCGGGAGGGCCUCCUGCACAAUGGCGUCCCCAUCCCUGUUCCCCCACUGGAUGUGCUGAAGCUGGGAGAGCAGAAACAGGCCGAGGCUGGAGAAAAGCUCUUCCUUGUCCUCUUCUUUGACAACAAGCGCACGUGGCAGUGGCUUCCAAGAGACAAAGUCCUGCCCCUGGGUGUGGAAGACACUGUGGACAAGCUCAAAAUGCUGGAAGGCCGCAAGACCAGCAUUCGCAAGUCAGUGCAGGUGGCCUACGACCGUGCAAUGAUCCACUUGAGCCGAGUCCGUGGGCCCCACUCCUUCGUCACCUCCAGCUACCUGUAAGGGUGGGGCCUGGCCUGUGUGUUCCUGCCCUGCCUCUGUCCCAUGGGGCACAGAGAGGCCUCCUCCUGCCCCAGCCAAAUGUAUGGCCGGCAGCUUUCCCCUUCCAUGGCAGGCCAGGGACUGGGCUGUGUCCUCCCCAGGGCAAGUCCCCAGUUUUGACCAACUCUGUGGUUCCCCUGGCAGGCCUGCUAUGUGCCAAAAACUCCCACCUGAGCUCGCUUAGGGGCUACUAGCUACCCACUGAAGAACCAGUUAGAGGCAGAAACAGCUGUGAGGCUUGGCCCUGGCCGAGGCAAUGGACCUGGCCCCAGAAGGCAAGAGGUCCUGGGCUCUUUUCUCAAGGGUACACCUGGCUCCCUCCACCCAACUCCCAGCUAACUACACCUCAGGGUGAGCGAGGCUCUGUCACUGACCCCAGAGGUGCUGUGGAUACACUAGGGUCCUGCGGGGAAUCUCACUGAGCUCACCCUCUCCCCUUCAUCCCCCAUCCUCACAGCUCUUCCCUAUCCCGCUUCUACAUCUCUGCCCAGUCUUUUUCCCAUGUUCCUUCCCUUACUUUCUCUUGUGCCAAACUGACAGAAACCAUCACCAAACUGGUCUUUUUCUUUGUAUGUCUCAUUCCCUUUGAGGCCAGCUGCUAUGCUAGGUGGGUACCUCCACCUGGCUCCUCAAGGCCCAGAACAGAGGCCAGCCUACCACUCGGGUGACCCCUUCACCAGCACUUGCCCCCACCCCCUUUCACAUCUGCUGCAGAUGCACAGCUGAGGCCAGGCUGGAAAGCUUGCCCCUUGGACUGAGGCAGGGCCCCUUGCCCUCUUGCUGUCUUGUUGAGAGGUGGACUGAGACUGGGUGGCUGCUGUCAGCAGACCAGGCUGGAGUGCAAGUGUCCAUCUGUCCACUCGGAUAUUGAGGGUUGUUGGGUUGGGGCCAUGCCCUUCUGCUGGGUCUGCCCCCUCAUCUAUCCUGUCUUUGUGGACUUUUCUUUUUCUGCAACUGCAGCCUCUAGCCUCCCCACCACCGGGAACAGCGUGCUGCCUGCAGUCCAACACCUUCCUGACCUGUGCUCUGCCUGGCCCAGCCUCUUCCGCUCCCUCUUCCGCACUCCAGGGAAAGCAAUGCUUUUAUUUAAACCCUUUGUCCCUCCCUCUUUUUCUUCACCCCCCUCCCUACCUUCACCUUCUCAAAAACGGAAGGAAAAAAAACUGUGAAACAGGGAAUGCUGACUGACAAACCAACACAACUUUCAGAGGCUUUGAUGUCUGUUCUCUGGAUGUUUCUGUUCACCUCUUAAGCACCAAAGUUGCAGAGCCAAAUUGCAGGCCACUGAUUGCCAUGUUGAUUUUUAACCUGAUGUUCUUUUUAAUUGUUUUAAAUUUUUCAUAGGGGAGUUUUGGACAAAACAAAGUCACUGGGGAGAUCACUGCCAUUUUUAAACACUCGACUUUUUAAAAAUACAACCAACCAACCACCACAACUUCUUAUACAUUUGGGACAUGAGCCAGAGUUUAAAAGGGAACCAACAAAACUCCCUAUAAUAUGAAGGAUGGGGUUUUGGAUUUUGUACAGUAAAAAUACAAUACAGCAUAUGGCUAGGGGAGGACAUAGUGUAUAUAAUUGUAAAAUACUGUUCUAAAUUAUUCAGGCCGAUAGUUUCCAUUACUGGAAUCCUCCAUUGUGUGGCUAAGUAUUUUAAGUGCACACAGUGUGGUUUAUUUAAGGAAGCCAAUGCGUCCCCUCUCCCCAGGUAGUCAGUUGGCUGUGGACUCUGUGACUUUCGUCUCAACCUGUGUUGUAAGAUCUCGGGGCUUUCUCUCUCUGUGUCUAUCUAUCUCUUCCCCCAGCACUUUCUUAGUCUCUUUUUUUUUCAAUCUCUGGAUCUUUCAGUCUCUCUCAGUCUCAUUUUUAAAACUGCUCUUUUAGAACGGGAAGCGGCUCAGAUCCUGCUGUGGCGUGGGGCCUACAUGUCUCACUCGCGUCUGCUGUGAAGCACAUGAUGCUCUAUUUAUUGUAGAAAGUGACUUUAUUCGCUUUCUAGAAUUGUUUAUAAUAGAUGGUAUAAGAGAGGUAAUAAACAGAAAAAUCUAUGCUUGUAAAGAAUACAAAGGUUACUUUUACCUACUAUAAUAUGACUGUCUGAAACUUAUUUUCUCUCUGAGAAAUAAAUGUUCUAAUGGGCAGCA